AUGAAGGGUUCUGUUUGGGCUUUCUUCUUAUUGUCAGCCCUGGUAGCCAUCUCUGGGGUGAGAGGCAAGGAGGUGCUGAAGGUCUGUGGGCGAGAUUUCAUUAGGGCUAUUGUCUACACUUGUGGCAGCUCUCGUUGGAAAAGGGACCUGCAGGGAGCUCUUGAAGGUGGAGUGGAGGGGAAAAAGUACUUUGAGGUACCAAACAAAAAUGGAGCUCCUGAUGAUGUCAUAGACCACAGCCUCCUCUAUCUUGAUUCCCUUGAAGAUGAAAUCAUCAUGCAAAAGCACCAACCAGUGGGAACUGGGCAGCAAAAGAGGCAGGCUCCGGUGGUUGACCUGGCCACUUUCUGCUGCCAGACUGGAUGUACCGUGGCAGAACUGAGCAAGCUGUGUUAG